UUGCACGCACCUGUUAUUUCCCAUGCGUAAACCGGAAGUCGGCCAUUUUGAAGGUAUUCCGAAAUAAACAAAAAACUGUCUUACAGCAUAUAAACAAAUUGAUGAUUAAUUAUAGAUUACCGGUGCUUUUUACGCAUUAAAUAUGUCCAAGCGAAAGAUUAACGACGCUGAGAGUGAUUCCACUAAGUUAUUGUAUAGAGAUGGACUCAGUAAUGAGGAGAAAGUGCGGUACGAUGAGAAACUGAAAAUUCUCGGCGGGUGUGAUCCAUAUGAAAUCGUGUCGUGGUCUACUGAAGUAUCAUUGUUGCCACCUGUCACGUACAUUGACAUUGUAAAUUACUUGCUUUGGUCUCCAAGUGUGUACACAAAGGAUGAACUGAAGAGUUAUAAGGGGUUAGAUGCGUACAACCAGUUUGUAAAUGGAUGGGUCAGGGACAGAGCAUCUGUUGUGUGCAACGAUUACACAGUGGUCACUGCAAAGGUCCUCCAUUCUCAGCGACUGAGGGAGAAACCCCUAAGACCCUGGGUCAUAUGCGACAAGACCGGACAGGUGAUGGGUGCCCACUGCACGUGUAUGGCUGGGUUAGGCGAGGCCUGUACACACAUCGCUGCUCUCCUUUUUGCCGUUGACGCAACAGUACGGAUUAGGGACUCGAAGACUGUGACUGAUGAAAAAGCCUAUUGGUUGUUGCCGUCUGCCAUGAAAACUGUGGAGUAUAAAAAGGUACAGGAAAUAGACUUUACGUCAGCGGAAACCUUAAAAAGAAACUUCACCGCCACUCUGGAUGCUGUUACAUCACCAUGUGUAGGCGCAACUUCUGGACCCUCUGUACCGCCAUCAACACCUGUAACGCGUACUCCGAAGACACCAGGAUUAAAACCGAGGGAAGAUAAAGUGCCAGAAGCGUCAGAUGAUGAAAUGAACAUUCUUUACCAGAAACUGUUUGAAUCAGGUGCGUGCUAAGUCUGCCAUUCUUGCAAUUGUUGAACCUUAUUGUGACAAUUUCAUACCUACAGCAGUAAACACUGAUUUCCCUCAAAUCUUCUCAGAGUUAAGGGAUGACAAGUGCUACGACAUGAACUACAAGGAACUUGUAGAUCACUGUGAAAAAAUAAGAGUAACUUGUACCAAGGAACAGAGUGCAGCUGUUGAGUUCAACACAAGAGAACAAAGCAAGAGUAAGCUUUGGAACUCUUUCCGUGCCGGCCGGAUUACCGCUUCCAGAACGAAGUCCGUCUGUCACACAGACUUAGCAAAUCCUGCCCAGACUUUAAUUAAAGGUAUCUGUUACCCGGACUCUGUGAAAUUAAGUAAUGCAGCAACGAAAUGGGGAUGUGAACAUGAAAAAAUCGCUCGUGACCAGUUUCUUCAGGCUAUGUCUACUGUACAUGAGAACAGUCGAAUUGAAGAUGUUGGGUUCAUGAUUUCGACUGAGAACCCUUUCAUUGGAGCCUCCCCAGAUGGACUUUUCACAUGUGAUUGUUGCGGCACAGUGCCAGUGGAAAUAAAGUGCCCAUUUUGUGUAAGGGGGGACACUGUGGACAAUUGCAAGUACUUGGAGAAUGUAAACGGUGUACUUAGAUUGAAUCAUAAACAUGAUUACUAUUACCAGGUUCAAACACAAAUGGGUUGUUGCCAAGCGGAAAGGGGAUACUUUGUAGUUUGGACAGAGAAGGAAUUGCACAUAGAGGAAAUAGUGUUUGACAGUGAACUCUGGAGUGAAAUGUGCGCCAGCUCUAAACAACUCUUUGUUUCUGCUGUCCUGCCUGAACUAGUUGGAAAGUUGUUUUCCAAAGUCCCAACGAAAUACAACAGACCACCACUUUCACCUGUGGACAGUAAUAUCAAAGCAGAUAGUGAAAAUAAGCCUGUCAAUAAGAAACUAACAGUAAAUGAGUUUGGGGACGAAGUGUUUUGUUACUGUGAGCAGGGGGAACAUGGAAAAAUGAUCGCGUGUGACAACUCAGACUGUGAAAUAGAGUGGUUCCACUAUGCUUGUGUAAAAAUUGACAAAUCUCCUCGCGGAAAGUGGUACUGUCCCGACUGCAGGAAACUACCAAAGUGCAAAAAACAAAGACUAGGAAAGAAAUAAAGUCAUGUACAAAACCAAAGCUAUAUUUUAAUAAGUGCCCAAUAAUACAUGUAAAUAAAUGACAUACUCAUGAUACUGUGUUAAUACAAUAGUAGGUCAUAUAUCUGUUGUCUAGAUAUUCCACUAAUCUAAGUAACAAUUUUCAAGUAUAACAGCUGAAAGAGCAUUUUAAUUGGUGCUUAUUUGACUGGAAAUGGUAAAUGUAUAGCAUUUUCAACGACUGCUGGUAAAAUAGAUGUAAAUAGUUUUCUAAGUAUGAAUAUCUUGUUUUAUACAUAAAAAUAAAUGUUUUCUUUAUUAUUUAUAUACAUCAGUCUCACUUAUUUACCGAUUAAAUUCAUAUAUUCAUA